AUGGAAUCAAAAAUCAAGAAUUACUUGGAAAAUGUUGAAGGAUUCAUGGAUUAUACACGCAAGAGAACAAGAGGUGUUUCUGAAGAUGUUGAUGAAACUAAUAGGCCAAAUGCUACAGUUUCGAAUUCCUCUAACACCACACAACAUAUUUUCAAUGAUACUCUCAACAAGCUUAUGAUGUUUAGUGACUAUUACAUGGACUCCAUAAGCAAUACUCACAAAGAUUACAAAGGUAAGGAGAUCAUCUCAAGUCCAAGUUCUGGAACUGCAUCUCAUGCAUCUGGUUUUAGCUUUCUAAAAUUACUCGCUUCGGUGGAAAACCAAAGCCUGAAGAAGAAGACUAGUGACAUGAAUAUGGGAAGGCAAGAAAUGGUAGCCACAAUUGCAAACAGUGAUGAGGCUGUAGUUCAGCCUAAGCUUUUACUUUGUGGUCACUUCGAGCUUCCCAUUGUGAGACAGAAGAUGAGUGGAGGUAGUAAUGAUGCUGGUAGUUCCAUGGAGAAUCUUAUUAAGAUAAAUGAUUGA